AUGCGCCCUUCGGAAGAGACUGGUCAGAACUACGACACGCAGCAUAAAGACCAAAGACUAAUGUACAUUACCGGCCGCGAGCGCAGCUGGGUCUUUCUGUACAAGAAGCUUCCCGAGCCAACGCGAGACCGGGCGUUCUACUCUCCAGCAGAUAUUAACGAGUUUGCCAACCUGUGGGGAAAGAGAGUCACGGCGGGUAUGGCCAAUCUGGAAGAAGGGGUAGCCACGCAUUGGAGCUGGGAUCGAGUCGUUCUUGUCGGCGAUGCUUGCCACAAGUUUACACCUAACGCUGGUUUAGGCUUGAACAACGGUAUCCAGGACGUGGUGAUGCUGUGUAACGGUCUGCGACAGGCAGUAUGCACAGAUCCCCUAAUGCAGCCGCGUCAGUCCAGCCUCGAGGACAUGUUCAAUGCCUAUCAAAAGAUUCGAAAGGGGAUGCUCAAGUCUGAUGCCUCACACUCAGCUGGUAUGACUCGUAUGCAUGCGUGGGAGAGCAUGCUGUACUAUAUCAUGUCGAAAUACAUCAUGUCGUCGACUCUGAUCGAGCACUUUAUGAUAGAAGUCUUUGCAGCGAGGGGGAUGCGGGAGGCGGUUGUGCUAGAUUAUGUUGCUGGCAAAGAACCACUGGAAGGCAAGAUUAAAUGGAAGCAUGCUAUUCCUCCAUGUAUGCCACCUUGGUACAAGGAGGAGGUCGUCACCAAUCUGCACAUGAACAUUGCCAGUAUCUUCUGGGGAUUGUGCUUCGGUGUGGCCAUAUUUACAGCUGCCAAGGCCAGCAAGCAGACCGCGAGCUCCUGGUCACGAGCUCGGAGGGUCACGGCGUACGUUUGGAUGAUCUGGGGAGAGUGGAUCGCUUGUAUAAUCAUCAGUAUCCUCACCUGGCUGUACAUGUGGGGGACUAUUGAAACGAGUUUCUGGAUCUGGUUCUUCAUCAUUGGCAUUGUCUGGAUUCCCAACCGACUACAGAUUUCCGAGACUUGGAUCCGCAUCGAUGCUAUAUGGGAUCGCAUAGAGAAGGUCAUCUUUCUGCUUGUUGAUGCCUCUCUCAAUAUCUACUUCAUUUAUCUGGUUCGAACGCGGUUAAUUGCCAACGGAUUGACGAAGUACAAUACUCUCUUCGCAGUCAACAUUGCCAUGAUCAUAAUCUCGAUAUCCAUGGAUGUCGUCUUAAUUGGGCUCAUGUCUCUUCCAGCUGCUGUGGUAUAUCUCGAGUUCCAAUGCUUCGCCUACCUCACGAAGCUCUACAUCGAGAUGAACAUGGCCGAACUGAUUAAGAAGGUCGUCCGUGCCACUCAACACGGAGACAAAGACGGACGCUCCACGUCUGGCAUUGGGCCAAGUGGCAAGUCAUCACGGACCACGGAUGUACCCCGGGGAGGUAUCGGCGAGGAGAAUGGACGCAGCAGGUUCUCAGGGCUCAUCUCACGAGGAGCAAGUAAGGCGAGCCCCACCCGAUAUACAACACACAUUGAGCUGGGGAGCACGGAAGACGUCUCAACAAGCCGCCAACACGGACAAGGCCCUAGCCAGCCCCCACAGCAAACUAUAGGAAUCCAUAAGACCGUCAUCACGGAAAUAGUGAGCUCAAAGGUUGAGAAUGAUGAUACACCAAGGAGCGAGUCAAGUUCAACGAGACAGCUAAAUGGAAAGUAUGGUGUAUGA